GGAAGACCACAGGCUGAAUCUGAGAAAGAAGAAUUAUCUGCAUUAUCUCCGCCACCAAGAUGCUGACUGUGUCUCUACUCGUUUGUGCCAUGAUGGCUCUGGCUACAGCUGAUGACGUAGAUGUCGCUUCCAACAACACAGAUGUCACUUCCAGCUACGAAGAGGGCCCUGCUUGUCCUGCUUCUUGGCAUAAGUACAAUGAUCGCUGUUUCCUCUACGUUCCUAGAACAGUGGAUUGGUCUGACGCUGAGAAAAACUGCCAGUCCUCGAAAGGAAACCUUGCAUCAGUGCACAGUAUUGAGGAGUAUCAGUUCAUUCAGAUGAUAAUCACACAACAGACUCAUGCUAAUCCAAUGACCUGGAUUGGAGGCACUGCCUGCCAGAAGCAUAGUAAUUGGUUCUGGAGUGAUGGCAGACCUUUCUCCUUUACAUUCUGGUGUGCAGGGGAACCCAACAAUGCAGGUGGCAACCAGGGUUGUCUCCGGAUGAAUUAUGGAGAGCACAACUGCUGGGAUGAUAUCCAGUGUUCUGACAAACUUCCAUCUGUCUGUGCCAGAAACCCAUAAGAAUCUCCGGAGCUGACACAGAGAUAAAUUGUGCCUACCACACACACAAACAUCUUCUUAGCGUGUGACAGUGUGGAUUUAUCUGCGUCAUCAGUCUUAUGUGUAAUCAUCUUUAAUUCUCUUUUAGGCUGUAACCAAACUUCCUAACUUCCUGUUUGGCCUUUAAUAAAAGAAGAAUGAAUAUGUUGUGAAAAGAACACUUUUAGCACAAACUAAUCUUUGAUGCACUUUGAAUUAAAACUCUGGAGCAUUGAAACAAGCUAGUCUCAGUCUCUUCUUUUUUUAAUCUAAUCUUGUUGAAUUUCACCUAACAGCAGAUUUUGUACUAUAUGUUAAUGUCACAAAACAGAAAGAAUCUUCACAGAUAGACAUCUGACAAUAGAGCAGGUUGGUUUCCAAUCCCAUUUAGUGGAGAACAAGGGUGUGCUCCCUCCCACGCUGUUUGCCAUUAUUUUUAUCAAUGAUCUAGAAAUUAAGCAAAAGCAAUUGGGAAAAUAAAGGAAUAAUGAAUUAAUUACAUUAUAUAUAAAACAUGUAAAGAUUAAUAGAUAUACUAUUUAUGAUUUAUUUUAUU